AUGUGGUCGUGUCAAAGUAUUAAGCAGCUAUGUCCCGCAAGUCCACCUCUUAAAGUCCCCCUCUCUCACUCACUUGGUUUUUAUAUAAUUAUGUGAUUGAUUUUCCACCAAUCCAACACGUGGUCUUCUCUUACAUCUCCACACUUCCCCUUCUUCCCCCUUCUCCAUCUUCUAUAUAUACCCUUCUUCUCUCUCUCCUCCUUCCCCAAAAUCCACACUGCAAAACUACUUUCUCCAAACUGCAGCUCUUCUUUCUCUCUUCUGGGUCUCUGCAACUCUUCUUUCUCUCUUCUGGGUCGUAAUCUAAUUCAUCGCCAUGGCUUCACCUGCGCCUACUUCUACUACUUGGAUUAAGGGUAAGCUUCUGUCAUCAUCAUCAUCAUCACCAUCACCAUCAUCAUCUUCUUCUUCUUCUUCAUUGCUUAAUAUGGGCUCUUCCUCUGCUUCCAUUUCCUUCAACAGGCCCAGUAGGAAGCCCAACAUAUCUUCCUCUCUUCAUACUCCUUCCAUUCUCCAUUUCCCCAAACAAUCCCCUACUUACCCACCAUCUCCUUCUACCCCAAUUGUCUCUCCUCCCAAACACCCAAAAGACAAAUCCCCUUCUUCUUCUUCUUCUUCUUAUUCUCAACAAUCGAAUUUCCUCCAAAAAGCAGCAGCCAUGGCCUUGGAUUCUUUAGAAUCUGCUUUAGUUUCCCACGAGCGUCAACACCCACUUCCCAAAACUGCUGACCCUACUGUUCAAAUCGCCGGAAACUUUGCUCCCGUCCCAGAACAACCUGUCCGACAAUCCCUCCCCGUCACCGGUAAAAUACCCGAUUGCAUUCAAGGCGUCUACGUCCGUAACGGAGCUAACCCACUUCACGAACCGAUCGCCGGUCACCACUUCUUUGACGGUGACGGAAUGGUCCAUGCCGUACGGUUUGACAAGGGUUCCGUCAGCUACGCUUGCCGGUUCACCGAAACGCACCGUUUUGUUCAAGAACGUGCUCUGGGUCGCUCUGUUUUUCCUAAAGCCAUCGGCGAGCUCCAUGGCCACUCCGGCAUAGCUAGGCUCCUUCUCUUCUACGCCCGUGGCUUAUGCGGCCUCGUUGAUCCCAGCCAUGGCACUGGCGUCGCCAACGCCGGACUCGUCUAUUUUAACGGUCAUCUUCUCGCCAUGUCUGAAGAUGAUUUACCUUACCAUGUUCGUGUCACUCCUUCCGGCGACCUGAAAACCAUUGGCCGAUAUGAUUUCGAUGGGCAGCUUAAAUCCACCAUGAUCGCUCACCCGAAAGUCGACCCAUCCUCUGGCGAGCUUUUCGCUCUGAGCUACGACGUCGUACAGAAGCCGUACCUGAAAUAUUUUCGGUUCUCUCCCGACGGGAAAAAGUCGCCGGAUGUUGAAAUUCCGGUUGAUCAACCCACAAUGAUGCAUGAUUUCGCCAUUACUGAGAACUUGGUGGUGAUUCCUGAUCAGCAGGUGGUGUUCAAGUUGCCUGAAAUGAUUCGAGGUGGGUCUCCUGUAAUUUACGACAAGAACAAGAUGUCAAGGUUCGGGAUAUUGAAGAAGAAUGCGACUGAUUCUUCUGAGCUGAAAUGGAUCGAGGCUCCUGAUUGCUUCUGUUUCCAUCUCUGGAAUGCUUGGGAAGAGCCGGAAACAGAUGAAGUAGUCGUGAUUGGAUCCUGCAUGACUCCACCGGACUCCAUUUUUAACGAAUGUGAUGAGAGUUUAAAGAGUGUUUUAUCAGAAAUCAGACUGAAUUUGAAAACCGGUAAAUCAACUCGCCGGCCGAUUAUCUCCGGUUCUGAACAGGUGAACUUAGAAGCAGGGAUGGUGAACCGGAACUUGCUUGGAAGAAAGACCCAGUUCGCAUAUUUAGCUCUGGCGGAACCAUGGCCAAAAGUUUCAGGCUUUGCAAAAGUUGAACUUUCAACCGGAGAGGUAAGAAAAUACAUGUACGGCGAACAAAGGUAUGGGGGAGAACCUCUGUUUUUCCCUAACCCUAAUUCUGAGAAAGAAGAUGAUGGAUAUAUUCUAGCUUUUGUACACGACGAGAAGACAUGGAAAUCAGAGCUUCAGAUUGUUAACGCCAUGAAUUUACAGUUGGAAGCGGUUGUAAGCCUUCCAUCUCGAGUUCCAUAUGGGUUUCACGGAACCUUUAUUUCCUCCAAGGAUUUGGAGAAACAGGCUUGAAUUUGAUAGGUAAAAUUGAAUAGUGAAAGUGGAGAUUUACCAGAGGGAUGCUCUGCAUAUACGUCCCCGGAAUCUCCUCCUCCUCCCUGUAUUUAUUUGAUUUACUCUGUUCCUGGCAUUAUAUUGUUUAGAUUUUACUUACAGAGUGAAGGGUUUUGGUGGAGCAGCUUGUAGCUUUUGGGUGUAGUUAGCAUUUGAGCUCAGCUGCCUUCCGCUCAUUCCUUCACUUUUCUCCAUUUAUUUAAUUUCACAAUACAGUGUAUAUCUCACGUGUAUGUUCAUAUUUCAGUCUCUGUUUCUCCUCCUGUCAAUACACCCAAUUUCUUUUCCUCCA